CACAGAAGGAAGACACCGUCACCAGCUCAAGAUAUGCCACAGGGUAACAUACAAGAGGGGCACUUUGUGUGCACAGAUCCAAGCUGGAGUGAUUCAAAUUCGAGCAUAAUGGAAGACAAAAUGCCAAAGCCUCUUAACAACAAUGCAACACAACCAAACAUGAUGCCAGUCAACAGUCAGCCCUCAAUGUCUGUUGGGAUUCCAUUUUGUCCUAUUAUGUUGCCAGCAACUGAUAACUUAACCGGACCAGUCAAUAUAGCAGCGGGUAGCUCCAGGGACCAAAAUGGCUCAGAUCUACCAUUGCAUGAUGUAUCAACUUUGAGAUUUUUUUAUAAUCUAGGAUUUGAGGUGAGCCAGAAGUUCUUACUAUUUAUUACAUUUAUCAAAAAAAAAAAUAGUUAAAAAUUCUUGUUUAUUAUACAGUU